CUGACAUUACUGUAUUUUAUGCUGUUGAAUACAUUUGGUUCCACUGUAAUAAAUUGCAUUUUAAAUAUAUAUUGAUUCCUGUAAUAAUAAUUCUUUAUUUCGUGUUCUGUGAUAUUUAUCAAUCAGGAUGAGCUGAGUGACCUGCAGCUGGAUCUACUGGAAGUUGAGGAUGCCUGUUUGCAGGUGUACCACACUCCACCCCCCUAAAAACCUGUACUGUACCCACUGCAGAGUUCAAAGCCCCACUACCUUUGCAGCUCAAAAGUCCUGCUCAGACAGCUACAGGGACAAAGCCAUUGAUUGCCUUGGCACCCAGCUGGACACGUCAAUUGGACACUGCUUCAUCGUCCAUGAUGAUGGCUACCUGCAGGCCAAAAAAAAGUCUAAUCUUUGAUGAAACACAACAAAUUGAUUAUUCUGAAAUGGAUAUCAGUUCAGCAACAUCAGCCUUGGAUAUCAGCAUGGCCUCAGAACCUGCCACUGAUCCUGCUGACUCCAGUUUUGUCCUUGACACAAGCCCCUCCACCUCUACCACAGGAAGCACAGCAAGCAUUCCGGGACAACAUAGAGGAUGGAAAGAGAGAAAGUGGUUGGUUAAUGAGUCCAAACUCAUGGAACUCUUCCAAAAAUGCACUGUUUGUGGUGCUUCAAUGUGUGAUGUGAACCAAAAUGUGAAAACAUCUGGCAGCAGGAUCAGAGUCCUAUGGAAAUGUAAUAAUGGACACACUGGAGAUUGGGAAUCAUGCCCAACUGUCCGUGGAAUGGCGGAGAACAACCUGCUAGCAGCAGCAGCAACACUCUUCACUGGUGGUACUUACACAGACAUUGCUGAUUGGGCAGGGCUUUUGAACAUUCAGCUGCCCCAUAAAUCCAACUACUACAGCAUACAGUCCAGCUACCUGAUUCCAGUUAUCGCUGAAGAAUACAAGAAGCAGGAGGACACUAUAAGAGCAAGACUCAUCUGCCAGACUCUGGAUGGUGAGGGAGUACAGAUUUGCGGAGAUGGGAGAAGUGAUAGCCCAGGCCAUUCCUGCAAAUACACAACGUAUUCCUUCAUGGAUGACUCCACCAAUCAGAUUGUAACAUUUGAGUUGAUUCAGGAACAAAGCAGCAGACGUGUGCUCUGA